AUGAGAGCUGUUACAAGACAAGCCCUGUUAAAGUUCAAGCAAGAUAUCAUUGAUCGUUCAAACAGGCUAUCUUCUUGGGGUGAUGGUGGGGAUUGCUGUAACUGGGUUGGAGUUUCCUGCAACAACUUCACAGGUCAUGUCUACAAGUUGGACUUGAGGCCUCCUUCAAGUCCAGAUUAUGCAUCAUCAGAUGCUGAAAUUGGAGUUUAUUGGCGCUCAAUGCUAAGGGGAAAAAUAAAUCCUUCUUUGCUCUUAUUGAAGCAACUGAGUCACCUAGACCUUAGUUAUAACAACUUCGGUGGCAUCCAGAUUCCACGAUUCCUUGGUUCAAUGGAGAGUUUAACAUAUCUUGACCUCUCUGGAGCAAAAUUUGGAGGAACCCUUCCACAUCAACUUGGAAAUCUCUCAAAGCUGGAGCAUCUUAACCUUGGAGAUAAUAGUAUUAACCGGUUGGUUGAAGCUAGAAAUCUUCAAUGGCUUUCUGGUCUCUCUUCCUUGAAGUAUCUUGAUUUGAGUGGAGCGGACCUCAGCAAAGCAACUGAUUGGCUGCAGGUAACCAACAAACUACCUUCGUUGAUAGAGUUACGUUUGUCAACUUGCUUUCUUGAUAAUGAUCCUUCACCAAUCAAUGUUAACUAUACAUCUCUUUCCAUUCUUGAUCUUUCAAACAACUACAUAUCCCCUUCGGUACCCAUGUGGAUUUUCAGUCUUCAUAAACUUGUUUCCCUAGAUCUGAGUGGAAAUGUCUUUGAAGGUCUUAUUCCCAAUAGUUUUCAAAACAUGUCAUCUCUCAGAUUUCUUGAUCUUUCCGGAAACUCAUUCAAAUCAUCAAUACCUGGUUGGUUGUAUAGUUUGAACCAUCUUGAAUUUCUCAGUCUUAGAGGUAACUUCCUACAAGGCAGAAUCUCGAGUGCCAUUGGAAACUUGAGUUCCAUUGUUAGCCUUGAUUUGUCAGGAAAUCAGCUUGAAGGAGCAGUACCAACCUCUUUGGAAAAUCUUUUCAAUUUGAGGCAACUUGAUUUGUCAAAUAACAAAAUUGAUCAGGAGAUAUCAGAAAUUCUACAGAGCUUGUCUAGAUGCUGCUCAGAUGACUUGAAGUCAUUAAAUAUGGCAACUAACAAUCUCUCAGGCCAUUUAACUGAUCAACUAGGACUAUUCAAAAGUCUAUCUUACCUGUCUCUUUAUCAAAAUUCCAUUUCUGGUCUCAUUCCAAUCUCCAUAGGAAACCUGUCAUCUUUAAAAUAUUUUGAUGUGUCAGAAAAUCAAUUGGAUGGUAAUCUUCCUCAAAGUCUUGAACAACCCAUGAACCUGGAGUAUAUGAACAUUGCUUAUAAUCAGUUGGAAGGUACUGUAUCAGAAUUGCUCUUUUCUAGUCUCACGAGAUUGAGAGUUUUAAGGGCAUCUCAAAACAAGUUGAAAUUUGAAGCAAACUCAAACUGGAUUCCUCCUUUUCAAUGUCGAACCAUUGAAAUGGGUUACUGGCUUCUUGGCCCAAAAUUUCCAACAUGGCUUCAAUUUCAGAAGGACUUGUCUACAUUAGACAUAUCCAGUGCCGGAAUUUCAGAUGUUGUUCCCUCUUGGUUUUGGAACUUUACUUCUAAAAUGGUGUCUCUGAAUAUUUCUCAUAAUGGACUUGAAGGGGAGAUCCUAUUUUUGCCAGUGCAUAAAUUGGUUGAUUUGAGAUCCAACCGGUUCACAGGUCCAUUGCCAGGAGUGCUCCCUGAUGUGGCGACAUUGUUUUUCACUAACAAUUCGUUUUCGGGGUCUCUUUCACAUUUUUUAUGUGACUACAAAUUAGGUAAACCAAAAUUAUUUCUUCUUCAACUUGAAACAAAUCUUCUGUCAGGAGAAAUUCCAGAUUGUUGGUUGAAGUGGCGGGGCAUCCGGGUUCUAAAUAUGGGAAACAAUAAUCUGACUGGGAAGAUUCCGGACUCUUUGGGAUCCUUGGGUUUUAUGUUUCUAAAUCUUAGAAACAAUAAGCUGUCCGGGGAGCUACCAUUGACCUUGCAAAAUAAUAGAGACUUGUUUAUGCUUGAUGUUGGUGAAAACCAAUUCGGCGGAAGCAUCCCAAAAUGGAUUGGUGAAAGUCUCCCAAAUCUUGUGAUUCUAAGUUUGCGUUCAAACUCUUUUGAUGGCCAUAUCCCUGAGGAACUUUGUCAGCUCAGUUCCCUUCAAAUCUUAGACCUUGGGGAUAACAAAAUCUCAGGUGCCAUACCAAAAUGCUUUAAGAAUCUAACUGCCAUGGUCACAAAACCAUAUGAUACUGAUGCUGUCAUUGAUUAUUUCGUGGAUGGGGAAUUCAUAAGGAGUGAAUUAUUGGUGAUGAAAGGAAGAGUGGACGAAUACACCACCACACUAUCACUUGUUACCACCAUGGAUCUGUCAUACAACAAUUUCAUUGGAGACAUCCCCAAAGAGCUAGCCAGUCUUGAAGGGUUGCAAUCGUUAAACUUAUCAGGAAAUUCCUUGAAAGGAAAGAUCCCUGAGCACAUUGGCAACAUGAGGCUAUUAGAAUCUCUUGAUUUCUCCAGGAACCAUUUACAUGGUUCAAUCCCUGUCAGCUUCUCCAACUUAAAUUUCUUGAGUCAUUUGAACUUAUCUUACAACAAUUUGACAGGAAGAAUACCAUCAAGCACACAACUCCAAAGUUUUGACAAGUUCUCUUACAUUGGCAAUCACCUAUGUGGCCCCCCGUCACUGAAGACUGCAGCACAAAAGUUGUAA